AUGACAGACUCGGAGCGAUCUCGGCGUACGGAAAACUGGAUUCCCACAUCCACCCGUGGCGGCGUCUACUACUGCCCCAGAUAUCUCCUCGACCCUCCGGCUGCACAACAAAACCGCCUGCCAACGCCGCCCAUUCGCGCUCGUCAAGUGAGGCCGCGAUCCAUACACAUUACCUCGUGGCCGUCUGGUUUCGUACCCCAUGAACUGAGACCCCAGCCUGAGCGCCCCGUCAAGAGGAGGAAGCCGCCCAACCCCGUCUCGCCCGCUACCACGUCGCUGGGCAAGACGUCAUUGAAGUUCAGCUUCAAGCAAUUCUUCUCCCUCUCCCAGAAACAGGUCCCGAGCCGAUCCGCUUCGAGCGCUUCCACCCCCUCGAGGCCGCCCCUCUCGAGACCACCCAGCAGGGCCACGAGCCUCCUCAACAGACUCUCCAGCUAUCGCGAGGUAGACCUGGUGGUGCCCGAGGAAGACACAAUGGCGCUGCGAUCGGCCGCCAUGUCCGAAACCAUGAGGCCGCCUCUCAUGUCCUCUGCCUACAACACCCCCGGCCAACGCAGCAGCUUGAUAUCGGUCCGGAGCGCCAAGAGCAACGUGACAUCCAUGGUGACGGAAAUCCCCAAGCCCGUCGCGCACGGCAGCGGCGUCAGCUGUUCGAUCCUCAUGGCCGAGCCCAACGUCUUCCUGACCGGAUUCGACCACGACGGCCACCGGCAACACUCGCAGGGCGGCACGGCGCUGCUGCGCGGAAAGCUGCAGCUAAAGGUCACCAAGAACGUCAAGAUCAAGGGCGUCAGCCUGAAGCUGGCGGGAAAGGCGCGGACGGAAUGGCCCGAGGGCAUCCCCCCGCUCAAGGUCGACCUUUACGAGGAGGAGUCGCUGCGGACACAGGUCCUGACAUUUUUCAACGCCGUCAAUGACGGAUGGGAGUCCGAGUACGGCAACCAGUGCGUCUACACGCUGAAGAACAGCUCCACGAACUCUUCGUCGACGAACCUCGCCUCCGGCUCCCCCCGCAACUCAAUCUCACAGUCGCUGCUGUCGGUGCCGCUCAACUCCAACAACAACAACAACUCCAACAACAACAACAACAACAACAACAACAGGCAGGGCAUGACGGCGAGGGAGCUGAAGCGUCUCUCGCUGCAAUCAAACCAAUCUCGCAGCUUCGGCAAGGGCGACAACCCCAGCGGCAACCAGGCCAAGGGUUACAAGGUCUUCUAUCCCGGCGUGUACGAAUACAACUUUGAGCUGCCCAUCGACCACCACCAGCUGGAGACCACCAAGCUGCAAUACGGCUCCGUCAAAUGGGAGCUGCAGGCGACCGUCGAGCGGGCCGGGGCCUUCAAGCCGAACUUGCACGGGUCCAAGGAAGUGGCCAUCGUGCGCGUGCCCGACCAGCUGUCGCUGGAAAUGACGGAGCCCAUCUCCAUCAGCCGCCAGUGGGAGGACCAGCUACACUACGACAUUGUCAUCUCUGGCAAGUCGUUCCCCAUCGGCACCAAGAUCCCGAUCGCCUUCAAGCUCACGCCGCUUGCCAAGGUCCAGGUUCACAAGCUCAAGGUUUUCGUCACCGAGUCGGUCGAGUACUGGACCAACGACCGCAGGGUCACGCGCAAGGACCCGGGCAGGAAGAUCCUGUUGCUCGAGAAGACUGCGGGAAAGCCCCUGGAUCCCGCCUAUGCCUCAUCGGACGUCCGCGUGCUCAACGGCGGCGAGCUGACGCCGCGCCAGCGUCGCGAGGCCCGCGAGUCCGCCGCCAUGCGUCGUGCUGCCGAGGCUUCCCGCCACGGCAUGAUGCCAGACCCUCUGCCCGAACCGGUCGACAACAUCCUGGGUGAUCUGGACCUCGGCCUGGAGAGCUACUGGGGCUCGACCGAGAUCGAGAUGAAUGUGCAGCUGCCCACUUGCGACACCAUGGCCAAGAGCAAGGAGCUGCGCCUGCACCCCGACUGCAGUUGGAAGAACGUCAACGUGUACCACUGGAUCAAGAUCGUCAUGAGGAUCUCUCGCCUUGACCCCGAUGAUCCCACUGGCACCAAGCGCCGUCACUUCGAGAUCAGCAUCGACUCGCCGUUCACGGUUCUCAACUGCCGCGCCACGCAGGCCAACACCUCUCUGCCCGAGUACUCGGGCCCCGACAUGUGUGCCAACCAGAGCCGCCAGACCUCCUGCGGCUGCCCCGACGCCGUGACCAUCUCCGGGCCCCCAGAGGGCUCGCCGAACAACUUGUCGACCGGCGCCCUCACCGUCGUGGACGGCUCCGACAACCUUCCGGCACCGCCGCAGGCGGCACACCUCCCGUCCUCCCCGCAGCCUGGCACCGGCGCCACCACCAGCCGCCACGGACAGACCUCGCCACCGACCUCCCAGACGAACGUGGAUCCGUUCUCUGACACUCACCCGCGCCCGAUUCACCUCCUCCGCGUGCCGUCGUACAACCCCCCGGCCUUCGACGCCGAGGUACCACCGCCGCCCGCAGAGGAGCAGCUGCGGCUACAGACGCCGCCGCCCCAGUACGACGUCAUCGUCGGCACCCCCAGCGUGGACGGCAUGGCGGACUACUUUGCGCGCCUCGCGGACUACGGCUACGACGAGCCCGAGGAGGAUUCGGACUCGGACGAGGGCCCGGCCCGCAUCACGGAGCGCGGAGGGCGCGUUAACGUCGCGCACCCCCGCACGCCGGGCGGCCGACGCGCGCCCAGCCGGAGCAUGGAGAUUCAACGGCCCCCCCUGGAGCUGAGGAUGGAGACGCUGCCCGCGCUUCGAAGGAGCGACGUGCCGUCACAAAUUAACUGA